AUGUUUUCUGUAGUUUUGUGUUUUAUUCUGAUAGGCCAAGUGUUCGGAUGUCAACCAGACCCAGGCAAUCACGGGUCUUUGGCUGAUUGUAAGUUAACUUUUGACUAAAUCUAAAUUUGUGGCCGUAAAUCAUAAAAACAUGCAUCCUUCAAAGUUAUUAUAACAAUUAUUUCGAUGUCAUUCAGACGAAUUAACCACCAACCCCAUCUUCACAUUUGAAUACAGUCCGCCACUUGCGUGGACUUGGUUUACUGAGCCUGUAGAGCAACAAUCACCUUCAGCAUCUGUAGCUUUGACUCUUAUUCGUUCUACUGUAGAAGAAAAAGUACGGUAAUAUAACUUCUAAGUGUUUCAUGCCAUUAUACGUUUACAAAAUAUAUUUUAGUUCAUCAACGCUCUUAAACUAGAGUCUCCAUUCCUUCCACCGAAUCUGAAUCUGUCCACAGAUCUGCUACAGCCUCUGGAAGUUCAGAUCGUAACUGAUCAAGCUGAACUAACGGAAGGUCAAGGACGAGUACAAUUAGGAGUGGUGGCUACCUAUUGUAACGCUACAAAUGAAACGUGUACAGAAGAGCCGCUGACGCUUCAGAAUCGUUUGUUUUUGUUUAAUGGUCCGCUUCUGAAUGGUCGACAGUGGAAGAACGUGGCCACAUUCUUGUUCCAGGAGUUGCAAUUCAAUGCCGGGGUGUUAUUCAAAGCUCCGAUUAAUGUCACAAAAUAG